AUGAUAGGGGAAGACUUCCGCAGCGACAUAGCACUGGAUGAUUUGUCCAUUGAAAAGGGAUACUGUCCAGGCGAUGUGAGCACAACACCAGGCCCCAGCACCACCACACCUGUGUCAGGGGAUUCCACGCCAAUGCCACAGCCAGGCUCAGGAACCUGUGUGGUGGAAGGAGACCCCCACUACCACACGUUUGACAAGCAAAUACACCACUUCAUGGGCACCUGCACCUACACCCUCUCCAAGCUGUGCGAGAGCAACAGCUCGCUGCCCUACUUCAACGUGGAAGCGGCCAACGAACACAGAGGAGGCAACACUCGUGUGUCCUACGUCCAGUUUGUGGACGUGGAAGUGUACGGCCAGCGCAUAAGGCUAGGGAAGGAUGGCGUGGUGACGGUCAACGGAGUGCCAGAGGUGCUGCCCUGCACCCCAUCGGUGGGCGUGCAGGUCUCGUCCAGCGGGUUCUACACCGUGGUCACAACAGACUUUGGCUUGAGCGUGAAGUUUGAUGGAAACCAUCGGGUGGAGGUGACGCUUCCAAGCGCCUUUGGGCAGAAGGUUUGUGGCAUGUGUGGCAACUACAACGGGAUGGCAGCAGAUGACUUCCUGAACCCGGAUGGGGUGCUGGAACCUGACUCCACCAGCCUGGGUAACAGCUGGCAGGUGUCCAAUGACAGCAGCUGCUCAGCCGGAACGCUGCUCCCGCCAGCCUGCACUGAGACGGACAAGCAAGUCAUUGCCAGCAGCAGCUUCUGCGGGCUCCUCACGGACACCAGCGGCCCGUUUGAGGUGUGCCACGCUGUGCUGAGUCCCAGUGGUUACUUCAACACGUGCCUUUAUGACUUGUGCGAGCUGGGGCUUGAUCGCAAGGUGCUGUGCAACAGCUUGCAGUCCUAUGCAGAUGCCUGCCAGGCGCUUGGUGUCCAGAUCCCCGUGUGGAGGAACGCAACAUUCUGCCCCAUCACAUGUCCAGCCAACAGCCACUAUGAGCCCUGUGCUGCAGCCUGCCCUGCAACAUGUGUUAACCCUAUGGCUCCUGUUACAUGUGGAUUGCCAUGCGUGGAGGGAUGCGUAUGUGACAGCGGGUACCUGCUCUACAACAAGCAAUGUGUGCCCAGCCAGCAGUGCGGCUGCUGGCACAACGGGCAGCACUACCCGGUGGGCUCCGAGUUCUGGACCGACAACACCUGCUCGUCCAAGUGCACGUGUCCCACGCGAGGAGGCAAAGUGCAGUGCUCCAGUGCGUCGUGCCCUGCAGGCCAGUUCUGUGGAGUGCAGAACGGGAAACCCGAGUGCCUGGAACACUCCUACGGCAUCUGCCACGUCCACGGGGACCCUCACUACAACACCUUUGACAAGGUGACGCACAACUUCAUGGGGAACUGCACGUACACCCUGGCCAAAGUGUGCUCCAACAGCUCCGUGCCCUACUUCAAUGUGGAGGCAAAGAACGAGCAUCGUGGCAACCCCCGAGUGUCCUACGUGCGCGAAGUCGUGGUGGAUGUGUACGGAGAGCGCAUUACAAUACUCAAGCAGGAGAAGAGCCGAGUGCUGGUAGGGAGCGGGUCUGGCGUGUGCGUGGUGGGUCUGCAGGGCAGGGCUGGCUUUUUUGGGCGCGUCUUACACGUACGACAAGUGUCAGUUUUGCGGGGCCUGGGUGGGAUGCUCUGA